AUGACAGUGGCCUUUGGGGUGGCAGACAUCAUCGUUGUGGUUUUUUACUUCAUCUUUGUCCUUGUCGUCGGGAUAUGGUCAUCGAUACGAGCAAGCCGGGGGACCAUUGGAGGCUAUUUCCUAGCUGGACGAUCCAUGACUUGGUGGCCUAUUGGAGCAUCGCUGAUGUCAAGCAACGUGGGCAGUGGCUUAUUCAUCGGCCUGGCGGGCACUGGAGCAGCUGGGGGCCUUGCUGUUGGGGGCUUUGAGUGGAACGCUACCUGGGCACUUCUGGCUCUUGGCUGGAUCUUUGUGCCUGUUUACAUCGCAGCAGGAGUGGUCACCAUGCCUGAAUACCUGCAGAAGAGAUUUGGAGGGCAGAGGAUACAAAUCUACAUGUCUGUGCUGUCCCUCAUUCUCUAUAUAUUCACCAAGAUAUCCACAGACAUUUUUUCCGGAGCAUUGUUCAUCCAAAUCUCUUUGGGCUGGAACCUCUACUUGUCCACUGUAGUCUUGCUAGCAGUGACUGCUGUCUACACCAUAGCUGGUGGUUUAACGGCUGUGAUAUACACAGAUGCACUCCAGACCCUGAUCAUGGUGCUGGGAGCUUUGGUCCUCAUGUUCAUAGGAUUUGAAAAAGUUGGCUGGUAUGAAGGACUUCAGGAGAAAUACAGCACAGCGAUACCAAAGAUCAUAGUCCCGAACACAACCUGUCACCUCCCACGUGUGGAUGCCUUUCAUUUGUUCAGGGAUCCAGUCACAGGAGACAUUCCUUGGCCUGGCCUUAUAUUUGGCCUCUCUGUGCUGGCUUUGUGGUGCUGGUGCACUGACCAGGUGAUAGUCCAGAGGUCUCUCUCUGCCAAGAACCUCUCCCAUGCCAAAGGUGGAUCAGUGCUAGGAGGAUAUCUGAAAAUCUUCCCUAUGUUUUUCAUUGUCAUGCCAGGAAUGAUCAGCAGAGCUCUUUACCCAGAUGAAGUGGGUUGUGUCGACCCGGACGUCUGUAAAAGGGUCUGUGGAGCUGCAGUGGGUUGUUCCAACAUUGCCUACCCCAAACUUGUGAUAGAACUCAUGCCUGAUGGGCUCCGGGGUUUGAUGAUUGCUGUGAUGAUGGCAGCCUUGAUGAGUUCCCUCACCUCCAUUUUCAACAGCAGCAGCACUCUUUUCGUUAUAGACAUCUGGCAGCGGAUCCGCAGAAAGGCUUCUGAGCAGGAGCUGAUGAUUGUGGGCAGAGUCUUUAUCCUCAUCCUUGUAGUCAUCAGUAUUCUCUGGAUCCCGAUCAUUCAAUCAGCCAACAGUGGCAAGCUCUUUGACUACAUUCAGUCUAUAACCAGCUAUCUAGCCCCACCGAUCACAGCUCUCUUCAUCUUGGCCAUCUUCUGCAAGAGGAUUAAUGAGCCUGGUGCUUUCUGGGGCCUCAUGGUUGGGCUAGCUGUUGGUCUUGUUCGGAUGAUCAUGGAGUUUAUUUAUAGUGCACCAUCUUGUGGUGAGGAGGACAGAAGACCAGCUGUGCUAAAGGACUUGCACUACCUCUACUUUGCCCUCAUUCUCUGUGUCCUCACUGCAAUUGUCAUUGUCCUUAUUAGUCUCUGCACCCCACCGAUCCCUGAAGAAAAGCUCACUUGUCUGACGUGGUGGACAAGACACAAAAAAGCACCUGCCAUUGACCUGAAAAAUUGCAAGACUGAAGCAGCACAGCUCAGUCCAGCCAAUGGAGAGGGAGCCUUGGUUGGAAGUGCAGAUUCAGACAAUAAGGAGGAGGCAGCAUCCAAGCCUCCCUGCUGGAAAAUGCUGUGUUUGUGGUUCUGCGGCCUGUCCACCGGCCCAACGCCCACCCUAUCCCAGGAGGAGAGAGCUGCCCUGGAGCGGAGACUCACCAGCAUCGAAGAAAAGGCCCUGUGGAAGACUGUUUGCAAUGUUAAUGCUAUUCUCCUGCUGACCAUUAAUGUCUUUCUGUGGGCGUAUUUCGGCUGA